AUGUCGAGCAUUUACAACACCGAGCCGCAGCCAACGGCGUCGGUCAUCCUCCACACGAACCAUGGCGAACUAUCAGUCGAGCUCUUCGCGAAGCAGACUCCGCUCACCUGUCGCAACUUCCUCCAACACUGCCUAGACGGCUACUACGACAACACUAUAUUCCACCGCCUGGUUCCCGGCUUCAUUCUGCAGGGAGGCGAUCCGACCGGCACCGGCAAUGGAGGCGAGUCGAUCUACGAUGGCGGCGCUUUCAGCGGGGACCUGGACCCAUGGCCGAUGGACCAGCGGAGAGGAAAGAACGCCGGCCCUCAAGGCGUGAACUUCAAGGACGAGUUCCACACGCGCCUCAAGUUCAACCGUCGUGGGUUGCUGGGUAUGGCGAAUGAAAGCCGGGCCGACACGAAUGGCAGUCAGUUCUUUUUCACGCUGGACAAGGCUGCCGAGCUGGAUGGGAAGAACACCAUGUUUGGGCGCGUCGCUGGCGACACCAUUUACAACCUGGCAAAGAUGGGCGAAGGCGAAGUGGAAGAGGGAACCGAGCGACCCCUAUACCCAACCAGGAUCUCCAGCGUGGAGAUCCUGGUGAACCCUUUCGACGACAUGAAGAAGAGGGAGCGCAUUGCGCAGCGCACAACACGGCCGGCCGCCACGGAGAAGAAGAAGGACAAGAAAAGGAAAGGCGGCAAGCAGUUGCUAAGCUUUGGCGACGAAGAGGGCGAGGGCGACAUACAACCUCUUCCAAAGAAGCCAAAGUUCGAUACAAGGAUUGUGAUGGAUGUCGACGAGCCAGAGCCUCAGGUCAAGCCGCUAAAGGCCUCAAAGAAAGGAAAAGAGGCGAAGGGUGCCAAGGCUGUUGUGCCGAUCAGGGAGCCUCCUCAGAGAGAAGCAACACCUCCCGAGCGUCAGCCCUCACCACCGCCACAAGCUAUGAAGAAGUCAUCUAAGAAGGCCGCACAAGAUAUUGAGAGCGAUUCUUCCCCGGAGCCAGAGGUGUCCAAAGGCAAGUCUGAGCUCGAGCGGAUGAACGAGGAAAUAGCUGCUCUGAAAGCAUCGAUGAGGAGGACUGUCCAUUCGGAGCCCGUCAGUGAGGGCAAGAAAUCCUCCGCCUUGGAGCAGAUGAUCCCGCAGACGUCGACGCGAGGGCGCAAGAGGAGACCUGGCGCAAACAACCCUACAGCUGCUGAGGAACAGAAGGCACUGAGCUUUCUCAAAGCGUUCCAGGAAAAACUGGAUCAGGCGCCGCCAGAGAAGGCAACAGCAACAGAGGUGCCCGCCGCAGGGGACGGCGAAACCAAGGCUGGGGACAAUGCCGAGGAAGACGAGGUUUGCGAUCUUCACUUUAUCGCCAACUGCCAAUCGUGCAAGGCGUGGGACAAGGCUGAGGGCGAAGACGAGAGCGACGACGAGGGGUGGAUGUCGCACUCGCUCAGCUUUGCCGCAGACAAGCUCGGCAAAGACCUGAGUUAUCGCAAAAAGGCGGAGGAUGAGCUGAUCGUGAUCGACCCACUCGCAAAGGCGCGCAGCAUCCAAGCGGAGAGGAAGGCGGAGAAGGAGAGUGAAGGCCGGAGCGGAAAGUCCGGACGUGCAUGGGGCGACCUGGCACGCAAUGCCCAAAUGUCCCGAAACUCGUCCCUGGCGGGAAGAGGCGCGAAGUGA